AUGUUCCUGGGGAACUCUCAGUGCGUCAGGUGUCUCUGCCCGUUGCCUCUCGUCCUGCUGCUCGGCACCACCAGAAGGAGCCAGCACGCUCCCGUGGGACACCGGCCCACACGGCCCCCGGGGCCUGCGGGCCACUGUGGCACCGCCACCCACAGCUCCCGCCCACAGUGUCACACCCUGGGCCACCCACAGUGCCCCAUGCCGCGCCACUCACAGUGUCACCCACAGAGCCACCCACAGGGCCACCCACAGUGCCCCAUACAGCGCCACUCACAGUGUCACCCACAGAGCCACCCACAGGGCCACCCACAGUGCCCCAUACAGCGCCACUCACAGUGUCACCCACAGAGCCACCCACAGGGCCACCCACAGUGCCCCAUACAGCGCCACUCACAGUGUCACCCACAGAGCCACCCACAGGGCCACCCACAGUGCCCCAUACAGCGCCACUCACAGUGUCACCCACAGAGCCACCCACAGGGCCACCCACAGUGCCCCAUACAGCGCCACUCACAGUGUCACCCACAGAGCCACCCACAGGGCCACCCACAGUGCCCCAUACAGCGCCACUCACAGUGUCACCCACAGAGCCACCCACAGGGCCACCCACAGUGCCCCAUACAGCGCCACUCACAGUGUCACCCACAGAGCCACCCACAGGGCCACCCACAGUGCCCCAUACAGCGCCACUCACAGUGUCACCCACAGAGCCACCCACAGGGCCACCCACAGUGCCCCAUACAGCGCCACUCACAGUGUCACCCACAGAGCCCCCCACAGGGCCACCCACAGUGGCCCAUGCCGCGCCACUCACAGUGUCACCCACAGAGCCCCCCACAGGGCCACCCACAGUGGCCCAUGCCGCGCCACUCACAGUGUCACCCACAGAGCCCCCCACAGGGCCACCCACAGUGGCCCAUGCCGCGCCACUCACAGUGUCACCCACAGAGCCCCCCACAGGGCCACCCACAGUGGCCCAUGCCGCGCCACUCACAGUGUCACCCACAGAGCCCCCCACAGGGCCACCCACAGUGGCCCAUGCCGCGCCACUCACAGUGUCACCCACAGUGCCCCAUGCAGCGCCACUCACAGUGUCACCCACAGAGCCACCCACAGCGCCACCCACAGUGCCCCAUGCAGCAUCACCCACAGAGCCACCCACAGUGCCCCAUGCCGCGCCACUCACAGUGUCACCCACAGAGCCACCCACAGUGCCCCAUGCCGCGCCACUCACAGUGUCACCCACAGAGCCACCCACAGGGCCACCCACAGUGCCCCAUACAGCGCCACUCACAGUGUCACCCACAGAGCCACCCACAGUGCCCCAUGCCGCGCCACUCACAGUGUCACCCACAGAGCCACCCACAGUGCCCCAUGCCGCGCCACUCACAGUGUCACCCACAGAGCCCCCCACAGGGCCACCCACAGUGCCCCAUGCCGCGCCACUCACAGUGUCACCCACAGAGCCCCCCACAGGGCCACCCACAGUGCCCCAUGCCGCGCCACUCACAGUGUCACCCACAGAGCCCCCCACAGGGCCACCCACAGUGCCCCAUGCCGCGCCACUCACAGUGUCACCCACAGAGCCCCCCACAGGGCCACCCACAGUGCCCCAUGCCGCGCCACUCACAGUGUCACCCACAGAGCCCCCCACAGGGCCACCCACAGUGCCCCAUGCCGCGCCACUCACAGUGUCACCCACAGAGCCCCCCACAGGGCCACCCACAGUGCCCCAUGCCGCGCCACUCACAGUGUCACCCACAGUGCCCCCACAGUGCCCCCUACAGGGCCACCCACAGCGCCCCCCGCGCGCUCGGCUCCCGACCCUGGCGUCAGUGA